GUACCUUAAACUUCUGUGUAUAUGCUGGCGCGGUUGUUCAACUGGUGAAAGCCCUCGCAGUCGAACUGGCCAUACGUCCCGGAGGGACAAAGGACGUCGCCUCAUUCAUCGGCUGCGCUGUUGCGACGUUGCCCUGCGCGAGUGUAUACUUCUUUAUUGAGCCAUCGCUGGAAACCGAAAGCAAUUUUAAUCCCACUACUAGGAGUCUCACGGACCUCAGGACAACACCCCCACAAUUCACAUCAUUCCUGUUCGAAGCUUGCAGCGCUGCUUCUCCGAAUAGCUGCGUUAGUUUUAUCGUCAACGAAGCGUUGCCUUACCUUGUGACACUGUCGGCGUAGAGGCUCGUUGUCAGCGGAAUCGUUACUCCGAGCGAAACCUCGUAGCGCCCGGCGUCGACCCUUGCAACGUCCCAGCAACAAUGGUGGACCAGGUCGUGCCGCCACCACACCAUCUUGGUCUACACCACGUCUCACAUCCGCAAUACGUGGCCCCACCAACACAUCCAGCCAACCAGUUGCAGCAUCCGCAAUCACAUCCGCCCGCGGCGACGACGGGCGGCCCCAACGUCGGCAUCAACGUCGCCCCUGCGACCGCGCAGGGCGCCCCUGCGAUUGUGCACCGGCCAAAUGUCAUGGAGCGGAUGUCCCUGCGUGCGUCCCGCACACUAAGGCGGAUACCCAACGUGCCCGGCCUGCUGGCGCUGGCGCUGUGCUCGGUGGCCUUCUGGGCGGGCCGCAUCUCGCUGACCGGCAUGCUGCUGCCGGAGCCGUCCGGGCCAGUCAUCAACACAGCCUCGGGCGUGAUGAUGGGCGGGCAUGGCCGCACGCUGCAGGAGAAGUCCACCAACUCGGCCGUCCGGCUCAUUGGCGCCGACGGCGCCAAGGCCGUGGCCAUCAAGUCGGGGGCGGCAGCCAGUGCCUCCGUGUUGGGCACGGCGGCGGCGAUGGUGGACCCGUACGACAUUGAGAACUUCGAGAAGGCGGUGGGGAACGCCCUGGCCAAGGUGAAGCCGCCCAUGACGCCUGGGGACUCGGGGGAGGCCUUCUACCGCACCAUCCCCUUCCAGAUCCUGUCCCUCUACCCGCGCAUCAAGGUCUUCCCCAACUUCGUUGACAAGGCCCGGCGCGAGGAGAUCAUCGCGCUGGCCUCCAAGUUCAUGUACCCCAGCGGCCUGGCCUACCGACCCGGGGAGCAGGUGGAGGCGGAGCAGCAGGUGCGCACCAGCAAGGGCACCUUCCUGGGCGGCGACAGCUCUCCGGCUCUGACGUGGCUGGAGUCCAAGAUUGCGGCCGUCACCGACAUCCCGCGCCAGAACGGCGAGUUCUGGAACGUGCUUAACUACAAGCACACGCAGCACUACGACUCCCACAUGGACAGCUUUGACCCCAAGGAGUACGGCCAGCAGUACUCGCAGCGCAUCGCUACGGUGAUUGUGGUGCUCAGCGAUGAGGGCCUGGUGGGCGGAGAAACGGUGUUCAAACGCGAGGGCAAGGCCAACAUCGACAAGCCGAUCACCAACUGGACCGACUGCGAUGCGGACGGCGGGCUGCGCUACAAGCCGCGCGCCGGCGACGCCGUGCUGUUCUGGAGCGCCUUCCCGGACGGCCGGCUGGACCAGCACGCGCUGCACGGCAGCUGCCCGGUGGUGACUGGCAACAAGUGGGUGGCGGUCAAGUGGAUCCGCAACAAGGGAUCCUACAACCCCUAGGAGCGAAAGGGCCGGGGCAGGCAGGCAGGCAGGCAGGCAGGCAGGCAGGCAGGCAGGCAGGCAGGCAGGCAGGCAGGCAGGCAAUGUGACCGGCAGCGCAGCAGGGAGGAGAGGUGCGCAGAUAAGCAGUUGGUGUACGGCGAGCCCGUUGGACCCCUCGGAAAGAAGCGGCUCGGCCGAGUGGUGCAUGGAACUCCCCUGCUUAUCACUGCGAUGAGCUGAUGCUGACCUCUGGACGCGUUGGCGGCGGUACACCACGUACCACAUUGUACGGCUGUGCAUCACCAACAGUCUCAGUUUAGAUUUUCAUUCUUCAUAUCUUGUGGGAGGCCAGCAGCGCAAUUUUCCGCUGACGCGUGAUUAUAACGUUAGCUGUGUGUAUCUGGGCAGAGCUGUUGCGGUACACGCUGCGUGCAAGGGUAGUGGGUGCCAGGUUGAUUUUGGUGGCGUGCAUGGCAGCAUGGGGCGCUGCAUUGGCACCCUUUGCAAGGCAAGAGCUUUACCGUUUCUUGUCUGGAAGAAUACAGUCCUAAUGGCUGAAUUGUGCAGCAUGAGAGCAGGUUGUAGACAUGAGGCGCACGCGUGUGCCCGCGCAUUUGGGCAAGGGUUUCAUGAUGCAUGGAGGCGCAUGUCACGGGGUCCUGGUACGCCGCACCCUGGGUCCAUCAGCGCGGCUCACGCGUAAUAUUAUUAAGAACUGCCAUUGAAUGCUGGAGUCAUUGGAGAAUCGAGCCCAUGGUCUUAUGUGUAAGCCGUGAAGCCGGU